GACGUAAUGCGCAGAACAUGAGCUGAGGAGGCGUUCGUUGUACCUUUGUCCAAGCUAUCCAAACAAGAAAAUCCCACAAAUGGAUCGGGGGUCGAAACGGCGGCAGGUGAAACCUUUGGCUGACUCUCUGCUGGAUGCUCUGGACUAUGACAGCUCAGACGACAGUGAUUUUAAAGUUGGAGAUACAUCAGGUUCAGAGGGCACUGGCAAUGGCAGUGAUGAGGAGGGCUCAAAAGACAGUGCCGCGGGCUCUGAGAGCGACUCUGAUGCUGCUGCUGCCUCUGCUGAUGAAGAGGGUAUAGAUGAAGAAGAGACCAAAGACUUGAAUGAAGAUGAUGAAGAAGAAGAGAAAGUCAAGGAGUGCUUUUCAGAGGAGACCAGCAGUAAAGAAACAGGAGGAAGCUCCAGGAGUCGCAAAAAGGGAGAAAAAUCCUGUGAUACGGAACCGAAUGGUAGCGGUACGACAGAGGAAAACUCAGCAGAGCCCAAAAAAUGGAACCUACGGCGCAACCGACCCAUGCUGGACUUCACUACGAUGGAAGAGCUGAACGAAAUGGAUGAUUACGACAGCGAGGAUGACAAUGACUGGAGGCCUACGCAUGGAAAAAAGAAAGGAAAGGCAUCAUCUGGAAAGGAGAAAGAAGGGAGCGGCGAAGAGGAUGAUGAUGAUGAUGAUGGUGGUAGUGAUGAAGAGGACAAUGAGGAUGAUAAUGACGACGAUGAUGAUGAAGGUGAUGAUAAUGAGAGCAGUAGCAGUGAUAGUGAGGAUGAAGGGAAGAAACCAAAAAAGAAAGCCGGAAAAAACACAGGGGCGUUUGACGAGGAGGAGACCAAUGACAGCCACAGCACAUCCCAUGGGAAGGGCAAUGAGGACUCUCUGUUGGAGCGGCCUCAGACCUGGAGCUCCCAGCGGAUGGAGCACAUCCUUAUCUGCUGCGUGUGUCUGGGAGACAACAGCGAAGAUGCGGAUGAGAUCAUCCAGUGUGACAACUGUGGCGUGACUGUGCAUGAAGGAUGUUAUGGUGUCGAUGGUGAGAGUGAUUCAAUCAUGAGCUCGGCCUCAGAGAACUCAACAGAACCGUGGUUCUGUGACGCCUGCAAGAACGGUGUUUCCCCCAGCUGUGAGCUCUGUCCCAGUCAGGACGGCAUCUUCAAAGAAACUGACGCAGGGAGGUGGGUGCAUGUGGUGUGUGCCCUGUAUGUUCCAGGGGUCGCAUUUGGAGAUAUUGACAAACUGAGGCCAGUAACACUUACAGAGAUGAACUACUCAAAGUAUGGAGCAAAGGAGUGCAGUUUGUGCGAGGACACGCGUUUUGCUCGAACGGGCGUUUGCAUCAGCUGUGAUGCCGGGAUGUGUCGCUCUUUCUUCCAUGUCACCUGUGCUCAGAGAGAAGGCCUGCUGUCUGAAGCUGCUGCAGAAGAGGACAUUGCAGACCCAUUCUUUGCCUACUGCAAGCAGCAUGCAGACCGCUUCGACCGGAAAUGGAAGAGGAAGAAUUACCUGGCCCUGCAGUCCUACUGCAAAGUCUCCUUGCAGGAAAGAGAGAAGCAGCUCACACCUGAAGCUCAGGCUCGUAUAACUACGAGGCUCCAGCAGUACAGGGCGAAAGCAGAGCUGUCUCGAAACACUCGGCCGCAGGCAUGGGUGCCCCGAGAGAAGCUUCCUCGACCUCUCACCUCCAGUGCUUCAGCCAUCCGGAAGCUGAUGCGGAAAGCCGAGCUCAUGGGAAUCAGCACAGACAUCUUCCCCGUGGACACAUCUGAUAUCAGUGCAAGCGUGGAUGGACGACGCAAACAUAAGCAGCCUGCUCUCACUGCAGACUUUGUGAACUACUACCUUGAGCGGAACAUGAGGAUGAUUCAAAUCCAGGACAACAUUGUGGAGCAGAAGAACCUCAAAGACAAGCUGGAAAGCGAGCAGGAGAAGCUGCACAUGGAGUAUGAUAAGCUGUGCGAGUCUCUGGAGGACCUGCAGAAUGUCAAUGGCCAGCUGAGGACCGAGGGCCAGGCCAUAUGGAACAUGAUGGGGGGGAUCGUUGGACAGAAAUUGAAUGUCCCUGCAGUUCUGAAAGCCCCCAAAGAGAGAAAACCAAGCAAGAAAGAGGGAGGAUCGCCAGGGAAGUCAUCAAACCUCCCAGCUAUGCUCUACAGCUGUGGGAUCUGUAAGAAAAACCAAGACCAGCAUCUUUUACUGCUGUGUGACACCUGUAAGCUGCAUUACCACCUGGGCUGCCUGGACCCUCCGCUCACACGCAUGCCAAAGAAGACCAAAAACAGCUACUGGCAGUGCUCUGAGUGCGACCAGGCCAGCAGUGACGAGGCUGACAUCGCCAUGGAGACGCUACCAGAUGGAACCAAAAGGUCCAGGAGGCAGAUCAAGGGACCAAUCAAAUUCAUCCCUCAAGAAAUGAGCCCAGAGCCCAAGAAGCCUCAAGUGAGAGGGACUAGAACCAGAGGCCAGAAAAGGAAGAGGAUGUCCAUCUGUGAGGAAGAGAAGAUGGAGGAACCACUGCCGAGGGAGCGUAGACAGAGGCAGUCGACUCUGCAGAAAAAGCCCAAAGCCGAUGACACGCGGACCGAGUGCACCACCUGCAAGGGCCCGGGCGACAAUGAAAACCUAGUGAGGUUGUGAGAGCCGGGCAGCACCUCCUCCCCUAAAAAAGGACAGAUGAGAGACAGACAGGGAGAGAGAGAGGCAAAUUAACUGGCUUGAAGAGCGGCGUUGGGGUCGGUGGAGGAGUCACAGAUGGUCCGCCCCCGACCGCCACCUUUCGUGCCAUGGACUCGAUUAUGGUUAAACGACGAUCCGGCGAAAAUUUUUCGGACAGAGCGAAAAGCCUAUCGUAUGUGGACUAACAUAAAAAAAGAUUCGUUUUGCACUGGGUGGGGGACGGUCAACCCUCACUGGACACUAUAAAAGGACUUUAUAUGGACUUUAUGCGGACAGACUACUCAGUUAGCCAGUUUCGGAAGCACUAACUUACCCAUAGGGCCGUUCUUUGUGGAAUACAUGAACGUUGACGCUGGUUUUGGCUUUUUAACUGUGGAUUAAAGCAGAUUCUGGGGCCGUUUCACCAUCUUUGCAAGCAUCUGGCCUUCUUUGGGCCUCCUGGACUUUCUCUCUUGCUUUCACAUUGGCUCUGCAUCAGCACACAGAUCACUCUGUAUAUGCUUCUGAAAGCUACUUGUCUUCUGUCUUGCUUUUUAUUAUGAAUGCUUUUGUUUCAUGACUCUGUUUUACUUGUGCUGUGUAAAUUAUAUGGUGCAAAGUAAUUAGGUGGUAGAAAUAAGAAUCGGUAGAAUCGUUUUAUUGAAGUAUUUUUUACUAGUUGUGAUCGUGCAAUAGAGCUUAAUAUGGUAAUAUUUGUAUGUAAAGGUAUAGUUGUUUCUUUAGUAUCAUAUCAGUGAUAGAGCAAUACUUGCAAAAACAAAACUGGGCGUAUUUCACCACAACAGAUGAUUUGUUUGAAUAUUAGUCAUGUAAUAAGUAUAAUGUAUUUCUUUAUGUUUCAUAGUUUUCUUGACAAUUCAGCACAUUUCCUGUU